UCCCGGAGUGGGCGCCUUCCUGCCCCCCUUGCCAGAUGGGCUCCCCAGGCCUGCCUCCGACUGGCCCCCGCACCAAGCCCUUGACUCCCUUUUGGCUCCUGGUGCUGACAUGGGCUGGGACUCUCUUGAGUCCGCAUAGUCCGCAGCUACUACUGCCGUUGUCAGUGGACAGUGGGGGACCCCCCCACGAGUUACCACCUCCCGUUUCCAGCGGUGCUGCCCUGGGUCCUACCUCCAGGCAAAGGCACUGCUCCCGCCAGGCUGCACUUCCGACAAUGGCCAGCAGAGGGCGCGGGGCGGCUCCGACGCGGGUCCAAGGGCAGCUUUCCCCCUCAACCAGGGCACCAGGACAAGGUGGCCGUAGCUCGGACGGAAGCAGAUGGAGGGGGUGGGGAUGGCCUGUAAGCGGGGGGUGCCCGCCUGGCAGGGAAGCCCCAGGGAUAGCAGUCGGACUUCAGGUCUUGGCCAAGGCUGAGGGACUCUGGCUGCAGCGGAUCGGGGCGCCAGGCGGUCGAGAGUUUGGCCUGCAUGUGCCUCCUGCAGACCCUGGGGUGAUGGCCUUCCUCAUCCUGGCCAGGACACUGCCCCACGUUGAGUCCCACACAACAACCUGUGAGCCUGGCUCCCCAGGAGGGCCCCCAGACAGCUCCCAGGCACGUCAUAGGCAAAGCCUGUGCCCCCCGACUCAGGAUUCUCAAGGUCUGGGGUCCUGCUCACCCCCCUUUCCUCUCAUGCCCAGCCUGACCCCAGGUUUCAGCUGGGAGAGGCCACUUCCCUCAGCCAAGGAAAACGAGAACCCGCAGGGGACAGGAGGAGGCUGGGGCAGGUCCCCUUGGGUGUCAUUCCUGUCCCCCUGCCCAGGCCCACUCCCGCUGGUGCUGGGAUACACACUGGUGGGGGGCCCCUGCUUAGCCCAGCCUGGAGGGCCCCAGUGCUACCAGAACCAGGGGGACGGCAUCAUGGAUGGGUCCUGCAGCCCAGGGCUCCGAUGAGGGGGCAGUGUGUGUGGGGCGCAGGAACCCCUCAUGUCCAGGGCACUUUGGUACACUGUCCCACAAGGCACCUGUCUCAGAGGAGGGGUCCUGGCAGGCAGCGGGGCAACUCCCUUCCGGAACCCAGCUCCAUGCUAACCUGCCCAUAGCAACCCCACUGAGCCACAUCCCCGGCUGCACCUGGCCUGCAGGGGCGUCCCAGGACAGGCCCAAGCCAGCCCAGCGUGCAGCUGCCCUCCUACCCUGAGGAUGGGAGGGGGCUUUCCAGGGGACAUAAGGAUGCCAGGCCUGGAUCUCCUGGGCAGGAAAGGGAGCGGAUCCUGAGGGCCUGUGCCCCACACCCCCAGCCCCAGGUGGACUGCAGCGCAGUGGGUGGGCCAGUGGCAGCCAGGGAGAAGCCCCCCCGUCAGCAGGCUGGGGUCUGCCCACCAGGGCCUCCCCACGUCUGCCUUUGAGGGUGCCUGCCAUGCCCUGGGGGAUCCUGGCAUCUUUAGAGGGCUGGAAGCAGGAGACAGAACAGUGUCUGUCCCGGGGUGACUUCAUCAGGAGACCGCCCACAGAGCUGCACCCCGCAGCUGAAGCGGAAAUGUCAGACAGGCUGGCACCUCCAGAAAAACUGCCUCUCAGCCUUGCUAUUCCGUACAAGGUGAAAAAAAAUAGGUCUUCCAAGUUUACAGCUUGAAAUCAGGCUAGUGUGUGGCCCUGGAGACCACGAGGGGAGAAUUUAAAGUGGCCCCUACUGGCAGGGUCUAGGUGGCUGGUAGAGGAACAUGCAGACCCUGCCGGGAGCCCAGCCUAAGGACACAGGGCGGGUCAGUCUCCUUGCAGGAUGUGAGCAGCGUCCCUGGGCUCUAUCCACGAGGUGCCAGUAGCGUGUGCAGGUACAUACAUGUGCGUGCACACCGUUAUGACACCCGGAAGUGUCUCAGGACGUCGAAAUGUGUCUUUGGGGGCAGAAGUGUCCCCAUUUGAGAAUCUGCCCCAGAGGAACACCACCACACCAGGCCUCAGGAUUUUGUGUUGAUCAAGUUCCAAGGAAAAGGAACAUCUCAGCCGGGCGUGGUGGCUCACGCCUGGAAUGCCAGCACUUGAGGCCAGGAGUUCGAGACCAGCCUGGGCAACGCAGUGAGAGACCCCAUCUCUACGAAAAAAGAAAAAGAAAAUAAAAGAAAAAAGAAAAUGAGAUCUCCGCUUUUAAAAAUUCAUAAACACCACAGGAAACAACACACUAUGAGACCCAGCAGAAGCAACAGAUAGACUCUGUAGACCCAGAUCCUGGAAUUAUCAGAGAGAAUAUAAAGUAACAGUGUUUUUAUAUCUAAAUAAAUAAAAGAGAUUUCUGGAAAUAUGAACAA